UACGGCUCAUGUACCCCAGAUUCAUGCCAAACCUCUAUCCGCUUGAAAUAUGGCUCCGAUUGGCCUAAUCGCGCUGGAGUGCUCCUCCAUGUGCUUAUCUAUUAACCGUAUAGGUCGGCUUUUGAAGAAGACCACAUCAGAGUCUUAUAGUCUCGAAAUGACCGCAAUGUAGCCGUGCUCAUUAUCGCCCAUCAAACACUGAACUCAAUCGGAUCUCCUCCAAGCCUAUGACCAUGGAUACCAAAAAGCCCUUGGAGUUUUCUUUCAUAGACGACAAUGUGUCCUCCUCAGAGGGCCAAGUCGACAUCACCAGCGCGGCAUACCAACGAAUGCCAGAGAGCAUCCGCGACCUCAGCGACGAUGAGCUACGGAAGCUCAACCAAAAGGUUGUCCGCAAGGUUGAUCUCCUUGUUCUCCCAACUAUCGGCAUUUUGUAUAUCCUGAACUACAUCGACCGCCAGAACCUAGCAGCAGCAAAGCUCCAAGGCAUCAUGGCGGAUCUCAACAUGUCCACCCAACAAUUUGCGACUGCCAUUUCGAUCCUUUUCGUGGGAUACCUGCCCUUCCAAAUCCCGAGCAAUCUUAUCAUUACCAAAAUUUCCCGUCCGGGUAUGUAUAUAUGUUGUGCCGUGGCGAUCUGGGGCAGCAUCUCGGCCGCGACGGCAGCAGUCAAGAGUUACGGCCAACUGCUCGCCGUACGGGCCAUCCUGGGCGCCGCAGAGGCAGUCUUCUUUCCCGGCGCCAUUUACUUUCUCUCAGCAUGGUACACUAAGACGGAGCUGGGGAAGCGCAUCGCGGCACUAUAUAUCGCGCAGCAGGUAGGCAAUGCUUUUGGCGGGCUCUUCGCGGCCGCCGUUCUCAAGCUUGACGGCGCUCAUGGCAUCGCCGGCUGGCAGUGGCUGUUCAUCAUCGAGGGCAGUGCGACAGUAGGAAUUGGAAUGAUCUGUGCGUGCAUCAUGCCCGAGUUCCCGCACAACAGUCGCAUUUUGUCACCGGUAGAGCGCGGCCUUGCCGUCUGGCGCAUCGAGGCCGAAGCCGGUGCCGCAGAGGGCAGCAGCGAGGCAGAGAACAAUGGGAAUGAGAGCGCCCUGCGCGGUUUCUCAAGCGCCCUAUCCGAUCCUAAGCUGCUACUCCUCAUCUUCGCGAAUAUGCUCUCGCAGACACAGGGCUCUAUUGCCAAUUACUUCCCCACGCUCGUUGAAUCCCUCAACUUCUCCAACAUGAUCAGUUUGCUUCUCACUGCACCGCCAUAUAUCCUAGCCGGCGCGAUCUACUACUGCAUCAUGUACUACUCGGACCGCAAGAACACCGUCUACCCAAUCAUCCUCAUAUGUGCGGCCGUCGCAAUCAUCAUGUACAUCAUCCCAAUGGCAACGGACAACGUGGGCGCGCGCUACUUCUCAAUGAUGAUCCUGCCCACUGCGUCUGUCGGCCCACAACUCCUCCUAUUCAAAACAAUUAAUCUGCAUCUUGCGCGGCCAAUCUCAAAACGCGCGGCAGCUUCGGCAUUAGUCAAUGCUAUUGGUGGGACGUCGAAUAUCUGGGCGUCCUAUUUGUAUUAUGCGCCGCCACACUUCUUUGCAGCUUUUGGGACACUGAUGGGGUGUGCGGUUUUGCUGGCUUGUACUAUGACUUUUUACCGGUGGCUUGUGCUGCGGGAAAAUAAGCGGCUGGAUUCGGGUGAUCCUGAGUUGAUUGCAAAGGUCGUUAAGGGGGGUGUUACGGAGGAGAUGGUGCAGCUUAAUUGGCGCUAUGAGAUGUACUAACUUCGAUUUUAGGAAUAAUCAUGUUUAUUAUAAUACUCAUAGGGGU